GCGGAAGGUCCCUAGCACUAUAUGCCGAGAUAAAGUAGUCUCCUAACAUCAGACAAGGGCCGUGCAUAUGAUACACACGCCAUGCUGCACGAGCAGCAGCAGCAGCAGCAGCGCAAGAUCAACAAAGCAGGACUGACAAGGCUACCAUCAAGGCUACUUAAUCACACUCUAAUGUUAACUUUCGGAGGAGCCUCAUCUCACCAGGGUUUUGGGAUCAUCGAUGCGCCAGUAGGAAAUCUCAGACAGGCCCCACAGCUCCCUGGCAACCGAGAUGUAUCUGCCAUGAACAAGAGUCUAGCUACUUCUUAAAACUGUUCCAUGUCAUUAUUUCAUGGGUAGCUUGCCAAGUUCGCAGUCCGACGGGAAUAGAGAGCCUGAACAUAGGCGAAUGUGUGCGUUGAUGAGGCUAAUAUCCCAAAAAACAUAAAUCUUGCGAGAGAGACCCUGAUCGUUUACGAACAAUAAUGAG